AUGGCGGCUCUUCAAACUUUCUUGCUGACUCUACUUGCAGCAGCUACGGUCGCAGGUUCUGAUAACCUGAGGCUUUGCUUGCAGGAGGCUGUGACGAGUAGCGGCCGAGUCGCGUUUGCCGGUGAUCUUCUGUACCAGGCUGUAGAUGUGGACGUCUAUAAUCUGGACUACCCUAUCACUCCUGCGGCUGUCACUUUCCCUACCACAGCAGAGCAAGUAUCGGCCAUUGUCAAGUGCGCCGCUGACAAUGGAUAUCCUGUCCAGGCCAAGAGUGGCGGCCAUAGCUACGGCAACUAUGGUCUCGGCGGAGUCGACGGUGCCGUUGUCGUUGAUAUGAAGGAAUUCCAGCAGUUCUCCAUGAAUACCUCAACCUGGGAAGCAACUAUUGGCAGUGGCACGCUUUUGACUGAUGUGACCAAGCGUCUUCACAACGCUGGCGGCCGGGCCAUGGCACAUGGCACAUCCCCACAGAUUGGAGCCGGCGGCCACUUCACCAUUGGAGGCCUGGGCCCGACCGCACGGCAUUUUGGUAUGGCACUGGAUCAUGUACUAGAAGCAGAAGUGGUCCUGGCCAAUGGCAGUAUCGUACGGGCAUCGGAUACGCAGUACCAGGACGUUUUCUGGGCUAUCAAAGGUGCAGCAUCAGGUUUCGGGAUUGUCACCGAGUUUAUAGUCCGCACUGAACCCGAACCUGGCACUGCGGUGCAAUAUGAGUUCAGUCUGGAAAUUGGCUCUACUGAGGAGCGCGCUACUUUAUUCAAACAAUGGCAGGCUUAUGUCUCUAACCCGGACUUGACCUGGAAGCUUGCAUCAACGCUUACCCUUGCCGUGGAUAGUUUAAUUAUCUCAGGAACCUAUUUCGGUACGAAAGCGGAGUAUGACAAGCUGGAUAUCGGUUCUCAGUUCCCUGGCGCGAACGGUACCGCGAUCGUCUUCGAGGAUUGGCUUGGUCUCGUCGGCGAAUGGGCCGAGGAAGUAGCCUUGGAAUUAGGAGGCGGGAUCCCAGUUCAUUUCUACUCCAAGUCCACAGCUAUGACAUCGAAGACAUUGAUGAAUAAUGAGACGAUCGACAAAUUUUUCGAGUACGUCGAUUCUACCGCCCAGGGCACGUUGCUGUGGUUCCUUAUCUUCGACUUUGAGGGUGGUUACACAAACACGAUCGCAUCGGACGCGACAUCCUACGCGCAUCGCGAUGCGCUCAUUUGGCUUCAGACAUACUCUAUCAACUUGCUUAGUGAUGUGACCCAGACUCAGAUCGAUUUCUUGGAUGGUAUCAAUGAAAUCGCUACGAGUGAUGAGGCUCCGUAUGCUGCGUACCCCGGAUACGUCGAUCCUCGCUUGUCCAAUGGCGCUGAGGCGUAUUGGGGUGAUAACUUGCCCCGACUGCAGCAGAUUAAAGAGGAGAUCGAUCCUAAUAAUGUGUUCCGCAACCCACAGAGCCCUUUACCUGCGUAA